AUGUCAAAUUAAGAUAUCAAUGAGCUUCCACCUCUAAAAGUAAAUGUGCCUUCAUUCCUUUUAAAAACAUAUGAAAUUCUAGAAGUAAUAAUUUGAUUCUAUUUUCAGAAUACAUCACUCUCUCACAUCAUUGGUUGGAAUCAUGAAGGAAAUGCCUUCAUAGUAUUCAAUACUAAUGAGUUAGCAUCUAAAGUACUUGCUAAUUACUUUAAGCAUAAAAAUUACCCAAGCUUUUUGAGGUUAUAUUGGUUUUUACCAUAGAUAGCUAAACAUGUACAACUUUAAGAAAACAAAAAACUAAUAUGGAUAGAGUGAAUUCAAACAUAAAUGGUUUAGACGAGGUCUCAAGUAUGAAAUCUUUAAUAUUCCUUUUAAUAGAAGUAUGCUCCAGUACAUUCGUAGAAGAAAUUAAGAAGAAUCUGAACAAAAGAUGGAAACAAAAGACAACAAUUAAGAACUUGACAACUAUAAACGAGAGCAUGAAGAGAUGAGACAAUUAGUGAGAGAUAUUUAAAAUAACCAAACAUAAAUGUAAGCUGACUUUGCAGCUUCUGCUGAAUCAAAUGCCACUGUCAGUCGUUCAAAUAACUCAGUUUUAUAAGUAAUGAAAAUCAUAGAUAAUUUAAGUGUCUAAAUCAAAUACAAUAGCAAUUUAAUAAAAAAUUUGAUACAAUCUCCAUACUUCUAACCAAAAUUAUUUCAAAUCUUCCCCAGAUUUGUAUAUAAUUUAAUUAAUCUUAUUAUUAUAGCUAUGUAGAUUGGAGAUAUUCUCAAGAAUUCUUAUGAAGAACCAUCCCCAGGUAGAUCAGAGUCUAAUUACAUUGUACCAUAUAAUGAAAACAAUUAAUACAAUUCAUUAGGGUCACCUUAUUCACAUUAUUAAUAUAAUAGUCCAAUACAUUAUUUUUUUUCAAGAUAGAAUUAAUGUAAAAAAUAAUAAAUAUAUAAAAGAUUUCUAAGAAUUCUGUUUUUAAUUGGAUCCUAGUGUUUUUUCAUACAAUCGUUAACAUCAAUAAUAAUAAUUAGCAUUACCAGCUCCUCAUAUUAAUUCUUAUUUACGUAAAAUUAAAUCUCAAAUUUAUGAUAGCUAGCAAUAAUUACUCUUUGUAAUCAAGUGUGUAGAAUUCCCCUUAUAGAAUAGCUAGUCCAUCUCAUACAUCCACAACAGAUUCUAAAGAUCCAGAAAAAGUAAUAUCUUAGUUAAAACUCAAUAGUUUAGUCUCUAUUAGCCAGCAUGA